AUGAAGACCAUGCUGGCCAUGGCUCUCAUCACCUUCGCUGUCGCUCAAUCACCCGCCAUCCCUCCACACCAACGACAGGCCGGAGUAUCUUCCCUUUCUUCUGCAGACGUUACACCCACGCCCACCUUUAAUGCUUCAACUACCUCUUCAAUAACAACAACGUCAACAACAGCAGCCACAGAAACAACAGCGACAACGACAACGACAGCAGUAACGAUCGCUCCUAUAGCACCAGAGCAAACACCCGGUCCAGCAGUCAAUAUCUUCCCCCCAGGAACCGUCAACUGUCUCGAAUUCCCCUAUUGCGCAGAGGACGCAGAUUGCUUCGUCUUCAGCGACAGCCUCGUCUGCCUCAAGAAAGCCCUCAACUGGGGUUAUGUCCUCUCAAGGAACAGCUCUGGAAUCCCGUCCGUCCCCGGCUGGUCGGGCCGUCGAUCUCAAGUGAACGACGACUGCACCCUCUUUCAGAUGCCCAGGAGCGACGACAAGCCUGGCCUGGCCCUGAUGGUUUACGAUCUGAUCCGCGAUACCCUCCCCAAGGAUCUUUUGCUUUCUCGCUAUGACCAGGUGACUACCAACUGGUAUACCCUCUUCUCCAAUUGCGAACCCCAUCUAACCUGUUUGAAGGGCAAGUGCCAACCGAGACCCACCCUCGGCCAGAGUUGUACCUCGUCCUGGCAAUGUAAUGCUCUCGCCCUAGGUUUGAACGAGAACAAUGCGCCCAUCCCUUCGUCCAAUACCUCCGAGGUGCGCUGCGAGUACGAUGGUGGCGACAAGUCUGUCAAUACUACCUGUCAAUUGAUCAAGCGGGAAACGAACCAAGGCGGGAGCGGGUUCCUUAUCUGGUAUGUCUUUGUCCCCUUGGCCGUCCUUGCCGUCAUCGGAUACUUUGGCUGGGCGAUCUACCGGCGCUACAAGAACGAGCAAAAGCAUGGCAAAUGGAAGCGAGUUGCCGAAGACAAGGAGGACAACAGGAAUAACUACCCACUCGAGGCUUAUGAAGAUAUCCACUAG